UCCGCUUUCAACCUUUUUCGUUUUAGAACAACUGCGUUAUCUUCAAGUUUUCCAUUUUCUGCUAUACCCAACGACUCCUUGGUCCCAGAUUCUUUUCCAAGAGACCUAUUUCUUAUUUUCUUUUGCUAUUUCGAGAAACUGGGAGAUGACUAGAAAGAGGAUACAGAUCAAGAAAAUCGACAACAUCAGUUCCAGGCAAGUGACUUUCUCCAAGAGAAGGAAAGGGCUUUUCAAGAAGGCUCAGGAAUUGUCAACCCUUUGUGAUGCAGACAUAGCUCUCAUUGUUUUUUCUGCAACUAGCAAGCUCUUUGAGUAUGCCAGUUCAAGUAUGCAUCAAGUAAUUGAAAGGCGCGAUAGCCAUUCAGCAAUGAAUAGACUGGAUCGCCCCUCAAUUGAGCUGCAGAUUGAGAAUGACUCCAAUGAAAUCCUGCGCAAGAAAGUAGAAGAUAAGAACCGUGAGCUGAGGCAGAUGAAUGGGGAAGAUCUGCAAGGAUUGACAUUACAAGAACUGCAUAAACUAGAGGAACACCUUAAAAGAGGUUUGAUCAAUGUUUCAAAAGUAAAGGAUGAAAAACUUAUGCAAGAGAUCAGCACGCUUAAGAGAAAGGGAGUGGAACUAAUGGAGGAAAACCAAAGACUGAAACAGGUGGUACCGAGCCUUAUCCAUGUACAUAGGCAAUCAUCGGAAUCCAUUCUUAGCAAUUCAUCUAACCUUCCUGAAGAUGGUGGUAGCGACACAUCUCUCAAGUUGGGGUUACCUUAAGUAUUCAACAAAAUGUAGAUUAUUAGAAGUGACCGGGUUCGCUUCCUUUAUAUAUGUUUUAAGUGUUUCACUCAAAACCAGUUGAGUCCAGUGAUGUUUGCUGUUUAAAAACAACUCCUGCAAAGUAAGUAAAUCCUAGGGAUGAGGUUCUGCAGGCAGAAUUGCAUGUACUUGAAUUCGUAUUCUAUUUUCUUUUCGUAGAUUGAUUCAUAGGAAGUGUUAUAUAUGCCCGAGUUAAUGGUCAAUGCUUUGGCCGUUUCUUACUUUCUAUACUUUGUCAUCAUAAAAAAAUUAUUCUUACCUAUA